AAUCAGACAGUAGGAGGAAGUUUGUAAAGAUUGCUAAACAUUUGAGAGAGGAUGUUGUGAAAAAACUUCAAGACCGCAACAAGAGAGAAAUGCACAUGUUCAAAGACUUUGAGCAGGCUGUUAAAAGGAGCACGUGGGUGAAGAAAGUCAACAUGCAGAUGUAUCUAUAUGGCCGGAAGAGUCGCUGGAUACCCUGCAGUGUUGAGCUGGAACAAGGCAUUACCAACUUGAGUGAAGGUUCCUUAACUGUGCACUACCAACAAAAGAGGAAGCAGAAAAACAUCCAGAUACUGUUGUCAGAGAUGAUAUGUGUGAAGCCCAGUUCAGAUCCUGAUAAUGCAUGCGGGUUUGUGGUGUACACCCCUGCCACCAACAUGGUUUACCAGCCGCUGAUGCUGAAGGCUGCCUCAGAAAAUGAAGCCAUUGACUGGAUGGGUUGCCUGAGUGCAGCAAAUGCUGCUGCUUGGGGCAUGAACUGCUCUGCUACUCCUGGUGCCAUAUGGUCGUGCACAUUCUCAGGGGACGUCUUCAUCAGCCCAGCCUCAUCAGCGUGCAAGAGUCCAUCAGAGCUAUGUUGGGGCCAGCAUGGAGGACAUAUGCGUCUGGUAGAGACGGGACCUAGUGGCGUCACCUGGGCCCUCGGCUUCGACAAAAUGCCUUACGUAUACAAUGGUGGAUAUGGUGGUGCCUUCAGUACUGGCAUGAGUGAUAUGUCCGAGAACACACAGCAAAUUGUUGACCAUCAUCGCGUUUUUGUUUAUGAAAAUCAGAAGUGGUUUCCUGUCGUCGGUUGGUGCUGCAAAGGAGUCUUUCAGCACGACUUUCACUGGCUUACAGAAUUUGGACGCAGUGUUGAAGUCAAGGAGGAAAUUAAACUUCCCUCAUCAAAGUGUCAGUGGAUCAGUGAGUGGACAGUUGAUUUCAGCACACCUGGAGGUGUUGAUGCUCAUGGCUGGCAAUAUUCCAGCAACCUUUACGGGCCAUUUUAUCCACGUCAGCAUCUGAGAAGCUCCUACAGGAGGAGACGCUGGGUCAGGCACUACAAGAUAACUGUCUUCGGUCCCUGGCAAGCUGCAGGCUCGUUAGGUUUGGUUGACCUUUCAAUUCAGGUUGACCCUUUAAACUCAAUCUUGGACCCUGUAGUUUUGUGGGCUGUUGGAGGUAAUGGAGAUGUGCUUUGUAGAUAUGGAGUCACAGCAUCUAACCCAAAGGGUCAAAGUUGGAUUCAUGUGGCCACAGAUCUGGACAAACCAUUCAAGUCAAUAUCAGUAGGUGGCAGCUACAGAGUCUGGGGUAUUGCUGGAGAUGGCUCGGCCUGGUUUAGACCUGGUGUUGGUCCAUACAAUCACACUGGAACGUGCUGGCUUCAGGUAGUGCCCCCACCCCCAGGAAACUUCCUCCUGCACCAGGUGUCAGUGGGAGCAACAUCUGUGUGGGCCGUUGACACUGGAGAUAAUCUGUGGCGUAGAGAAAACAUUACACCCACUUUCCCCGAAGGAACAGGUUGGGAACUGGUUGCUGGCCAAGUCAAACGGGUCAGCGUGGGACUCAGAGAUCAGGUGUGGAUCAUAGCAGAUGCCUAUUUCUGCAAAAUGAAGCAUGGAGCUGGUGUCAUCUACAGAAGAGUGGGCAUAACCGGCGCUAAACCAUCUGGCACUGACUGGGAGGUGGUUAUUGGUAGUGGCUGGUCCCAUGUGUCUGUCAGAGGUGUCAGUGAGGUCAAGCAAGAUGACAGUCUAUCAGUGACAGAGGAUGAAAACAGCUGA